AGGCCCCACCUACGCCCCAACCCCCCAACACUCGUCCCGUCUCGUCGUUUCUCCUCUCACCCGGCGAAAGAGAGACCGCGGCCAGAUUCAUCCCUCCCUCCCUCCCAAGUCUCCCAAGAGUCCGCUGCGAAUCAAACAGCGCCCCGCUAUUCCACCCCACCUUAAUCACACUCUCCGCCCCUGCCUGCCUUAUUAAUCCGGCUCCAACCCUGCGGCAGACGGGGUUUGGUGGUCGCAGGAUUCCCCUCCCGCCGGCGGCUCGCCUCCCUCCCCUCCGCGCGCGCAUCGCCUCCCCGGUUUCCUGAAGAAUCGAGUGGGUCCUGCUCUUGAGUCGUGAGGGCUGCAACUGCGAGGGAAGGGGAAAAGGAGGGCUCGGCUCAAGUCAAUCUGGGCGAGGCCAUGAUGGAGAGGAGGUCGCUGAUGGAGGCGCUGGUGACGGCGGCGCAGGGAGGCUCCACGGACACGUCGGUGCUCUCCAUGCUCAAGUACGCCGUGCUGCCCAUCGCCAAGGUCUUCACCGUCUGCUUCAUGGGCUUCCUCAUGGCCACCAAGUACGUCAACAUCCUCCAGCCCAACGGCCGCAAGCUUCUCAACGGGCUUGUGUUCUCGCUUCUACUUCCUUGCCUUAUAUUUUCCCAACUGGGCAGCGCAAUCACGCUCGAGAAGUUGGUGCAGUGGUGGUAUAUUCCAGUAAAUAUUGUUGUAGGCGCCGUGUCUGGCUCCUUGAUUGGCUUUGUGGUGGCGUCUAUCAUCCGACCUCCUUAUCCGUACUUCAAGUUUACUGUUAUUCACAUUGGAAUAGGGAACAUUGGAAAUAUACCUCUGGUUCUCAUUGCAGCACUAUGUCGGGACCCAUCCAAUCCUUUUGGUGACUCUGAAAAAUGCAGCCAGGAUGGAAACGCGUAUAUCUCAUUCGGUCAAUGGGUUGGUGCGAUUAUUGUUUACACAUAUGUGUUCAAGAUGCUUUCUCCACCACCUGGAGAGACCUUUGAUGGUGAAGAGGAGAAGCUUCCGGUUCUGGCAUCUGAAGAAAACGCGAUGCCUGAACUUGGUAAAUAUCCAACAGGCACUCACACUAGUACUGUACCCGAGGAUGAGCCUUUGUUAGCUCUCGAGGGGAAUCAAAAAGGCUCUACUUCUCUAGGAUCAAAGAUAUUAAGCUGUGUUAGAUGUGUGGUGAAAUUCCUAAAAGACAAGCAACUUCUUCAGCCACCAAUUAUUGCCUCUGUCUUUGCAAUUGGAAUCGGUGUUGUUCCAUUCUUGAAGGGUUUGAUAUUCACGGAUGAUGCACCUCUAUUCUUCUUCACAGACAGCUGCCUCAUUCUUGGGGAAGCUAUGAUUCCAUGCAUUUUGCUUGCUGUGGGGGGUAAUCUUGUUGAUGGUCCUGGUGAAGGGAGUAAGAGACUUGGUGUGCGGACCACCGUUGCUAUUAUUUUUGCACGGUUGAUCUUGGUUCCAAUUGCUGGGGUUGGCAUCGUAAUGCUAGUUGAUAAGCUUGGUUUCAUUCCCAAAGAUGACAAAAUGUUCAAGUUUGUCCUACUACUGCAGCAUUCCAUGCCCACAUCAGUGCUCUCAGGUGCUGUUGCAAACCUCAGAGGGUGCGGGAAAGAAUCAGCCGCGAUCUUGUUCUGGGUGCACAUUUUUGCAGUGUUCUCCAUGGCGGGGUGGAUUAUUUUCUACUUGACGUUGCUCUUCUAAGUAUGCCGCUCCCUUAUACUGCAUUCAACUUGAAUAUCCGCAAAUAGUAGAUAUCAUCAGAAAACAUGGAAGAAGAUAAUAGUGUCAUGAACUGUACAAUAGGCCACCGAAACCAUGGUGGCAGCUGCUCUGGAGGUACGAGUUGUAUCGGUACAGAUAUGGGUUCCUCGUACCCGGUUUGUGUAAAUGCCUUUGUCAUGUUAAUUUUGGCCUUGUUCCUCUGCCACUUGUCAUGGCGAGGGACGAGAAUCGCCGGCAUCUGGUGCCUGCCCAUAUUAUUAGGUCGCCCUGAAAAACCUUUUAGAUCCGUAUUUCAGAUAUAUUUUGGCACUCC